AUGAGAAACACAAUUCACAGCAUUUCAUUUGAUAAUGCAGAUUUUGUAUUGCACUACAGAAUGCUUAGAUAUGGAUUACGACCAUUAGAUGUUGGCGGAGGAGAUUGUUUAUUUAAAUCUAUAUCUCAUCAGUUAUAUGGUGAUUCAAGUCAUCAUGCAGAAAUCAGAGCUUUAGAAGUUACAUAUUUGAUUGAAAAUCCAGAACAAUUUUUAGAAAGUGUAGAAGACACACCAUGGGUUCAGUAUUUAUCUGAUAUGUCUAAGCAAGGCACAUGGGCUGAUAACAUUAUCAUACAAGCAGUUGCUGAUGCAAUAAACUUAAAGAUUCAUAUUAUAAAAUCAAGUCAAAAUUUCCGGGAAAUCACCUUAAUUGAGCCUGCACAGAGCAAUUUGUUACAAAACAGGAGAUCAAUAUUCAUAGGUCAUAUAGGAGAGAUGCAUUAUGUUUUAACAUGUUCAACUGACAGUAGCAAUGAUAUCAAUGACGAUAGCAACAAAGUUAAUGAAAAAUUAGACAAUCGUAGAAGCAAAAGGCAACAAAAAGCUGAUUAUAUGAAACAAUACAGAAUAUCUACUGCAUCUCCUGAGAAAAGAGCCAAAAUUAAUGCAGGUCCAGAGAAAAAAGCUAAGCGUAAUGAAUAUGAACGAAAUCAUAGAGCAAGUUUAGCAUCUCCAGAGAACAAAGCUAAGCGUAAUGAAUAUGAACAAAAUCAUAGCGCAACUUUAGCAUCUCCUGAGAAAAAAGCCAAGCAUAAUGAAUAUGAACAAAAUCGAAGAUUAUAA